AUGGCGGGCAAAUCCAAAGCCCCUCAACCGGCUUGUGUCGAGGACUUUGACGAAGUCUCCCAUGACGCCGUCCCGCAUAGUCGGCAGGUAGCUAAUUCAGCUGCCAAAAUACAUUCGAGGUUGGAUCCGAGAUUCCCAGCGGAGCCGCUGAUCGACGGCGCCAGUGACUCAGGGUAUUCUAGUCGCACCGCAGCCACUGUCAACAGCACCCAAUCUGGCCCGUCGGGCGAGAGAAGCCCCCCGGUCCUUCAUAAGCUGGACAUGCCCAAGCGUGACCAAGUCGACCUCGCAAGACGACCCUCCAGCCGUAAAGAACGCCGCGACAAGGAACGUGCCCGACCAACGCGCGACGAGAAGAUGCACACGGCUGCCUACCCGGCCGCCGUCCACCAUCAAACUCACGUGCAGAGGUCGCCGUCCAAGUCGCGCAGACGAGACUCCGUUCGUUAUAACGAAGACUACCGCUACCACUACGAGGCCAGCCCCUACUACCACUCCUCCACCCCCGUCGAGACCCGAGCAAUGGACUUCCCUCCCUACUUUGCCCGUCCGCCCAUGCCCGACUACCCACCGUCGUCCCCUCAGAGCUCUCGCUUCCCACCCCCGAUCGCCCACGCGGAAUACCACGCGAGUCGUCCUACUCGGUCCAGUCGCUCGAACUCGAACCGUGCCAUGUACCACCAGGACCGGCCCGUGAGCUACCACGGCGGGAUGGCCCAUAUGGGUCCGCCCCACAUGUACCAACCGCCGCCGCCGCCGCAGGCCAUGUACUACGAGCAUGGUCCUCCCCCGUCACAGUCGGCAUAUGCCCCACAGUAUUCUUCCUCGCCAUACGGAGGCUCUUACUAUGCUGGGUCUGAAUAUGCUGCCCCCACGGAGUACGUGCGGGAACAAUCCCCGUCUCGCACUCGGGAGCCUUCACGGGCCCGCCGGUCGUCAGUAUAUGGGUACCCACCGCAAGCGCUGGAUGACAUGUUUGAUUGGGAUGAUGGUGAAUUCUUGGAUCAAUAUCCUUCUCGAGAGCCCCAGCCACGAGAGUCUCUCCCGCGAGAGCCUCGAGAGUCUCGCGAUUCUCGGGACCGACGCAUGAGCAAGCCUCCUGUGAUCACCCAAGCACGAGACGAGGAUUACUACAAGAUGCCUCCACCUCCACCGCCACCUCCCCUUCGGGCACCGAAAGUAAAGGCUGCACCGCAAAUUCAUCAGAAGCGACCGCCGCCGCAAAAAGCCCAGACGACGCAGGCCAUUCCGAGGGAAUCGCAACGCCGAACGUCUCGAGCCAUGGACAUGAGGGAUCUGGAAGACGCCCUACCAGAGGUCGUCAGUCGUCGCCUGUCUAGGGAAGCCAGACUGCCUGAGCGCAGUCACAGCCUUCGUGACAGCAAGCGAUCGACCUCCUACCAUGACCAUGCUCGAGGUGCUCAGAUCGCCGUGGCAAACUCAAGGUCCAACCGCCCGCGAACACAGCAGUAUUACUACGAGGAUGCGGGAAGCAUUGACCUCGAAGAUCGCGAGCGACGAGUUGAGCGAGAAGUUGAGGAAUACCAAGCACAAAAAUCUGGUCGUCCUCCUGCUGCUGCAAUGCCCUUAUCGACGGAUGCCCUCAUUCCCAAGUUGGGCAAUGGGACAGGAAGUGAACACGGCAGUCAGAAGAGCCGAUCCAGCGGAAGCCGCCACAGUGGGUCGAAGGGUGAAGGCGAAAGCAAGAACAUCAACCUCGAGGUCAAUGGAAUGACGAUUGGAUUCACUGAACAAGGCAUUGCUGGCAAGUCUAUCAACAUUCGGACUGGCGACUCCGGCGGCGUUCACUUGAACAUUGCCGGAGGCCGCAAGGCUCAGCAAUACCUCACCGGUGGAUCCUCUUACUCCGGUUAUACGGGAGGCAGUGACCCACGGGAUCUCGAAAGUGUGCGACGCCCACGCGAGCGCGAUGAGCUGCGGUCAGAGCGUUCUAGCCGUCGGACUAGCCAGUCCACAUACGGUCGGAGCCGCCGGUACCAGGCAGUGUAA